AUUGACUUGGUAUUGCCAAUCAUGUGAGUACAGUAUGCAACAUACGAGAACACUAUGGAAAUACAUAUCAUUUAAGGCGCAGUUCAGCCCUUUUAAUUGAAAAAACUAACUAGGAAAUCAAUUAUACAUAAUUCAAGAUCAGUAAAUUCAAUGUUUUGAACAAUAAAAUGUUUUAAAAUGUUAAAAACAUCAAGUUUGCUGAUCUUGAAUUAUGCUUAAUUGAUUUUCCUAGUUAGUUUUUUCAAUGGACCUUUCUCCCUAUAACUAAAAUUUUGAUCUAGACAAAAAUUUCAUCACAGCUUGAAAGAGCAUUACAAAAUUAGUAAUAUUCCAAAGUUUCGUUGCCAAAUGUUGUAAAAUGCGGAUAAUAUAGCCUUGCGAAAGCUUCCCGUUUUUCAGUCAUUUUGUAUUACCCACGGAAAAUUGACAGCCCAAUCGGGUGUUGGGGCAUCAAUUUCCCGCUCGUAACACAAAAUGACUGAAAAUUGCAAAUUUCGCAAGGCUAUAUUAUCCGCAUUUUACAACAUUUCGCAACGAAACUUUGGAAUAUUACUAAUUUUUUGAUGCUCUUUCUAGCUGUGAUGAACUUUGUGUCUAGACUUGUCUAGAUCAAAAUUUUAGUUAUAAGGGGCCUUCAAAAGGCUGAACUGCACCAAAUUGCUUCACUCCAGACCGUAGCCACGAUGCUAACAUUGGUACGACCAAAAUUACCGUUGAAUCCGGAGGCUGUGAAUUUCUAGGGGGGGAAAAAUUUGAAAACCCGAGAAUUUUGAAACGCUAUUUUCCACAUUAUGAGUAGGGGAAGGCGGAGGGGGGGGGGGGUCCAAUCCCGAAGCGUGAGCAAUAAUAUCCAGAAGAUUUUGAAAAAUAAAACUUAAGGAAGUCCUGAAGCACGUAAAAUAACAAAUUUAUUAUAUAGGAAUCUGAAAUGUAUAAAGGGAACAUGAAAUGUAAGCAACAACCAUAUACUUGAAGGUCUUAAUGGCGAAUAACAGUCUGUACUGGACGUGCGUUCACCCAGUGAAGUAUUAUUUAAAGAAAGAGCAGCAGUGAUUUAUCUGGUGUAAACACCUCUAGUUACAUAGAUAAGCUUUUAAUAAUGCACCCUUUCGAUAAUUACGUCAUUUGUCCUGGGAGCCUCGCUCUCAUGAACCGUGAGCCAAUCACGUUGCGUAAUUUACUGAUGAGAGCGAGGCUCCAGGACCAAAAAGGAUGUAUGUGAUUAUCGAAAGCUAAGGGUGUAUUAACAAGGAAUUCUGACAUCCAUCACAUUGAAAGCCGAUAUUCAUAUUGAUGAAUCUGUCCUAGGUACACUGGAAAAACUGAGGGCGGACAUACUUUUACCGUCAGAACAAUUAUUGAAUGGAACAACAUUGAUCUAGGCGACAGAAAAAAGUACUCAGUUGCUUGCUUUAAGGUUACUUCACAUGAUGAACGUGCGUUUUAGUCUAUUGAACAUGGCGCAACGAAUUUUAGGUGUAACUUUACCGAAUUUUUAGUGAAGAAAGCCAAGAGAAUCCUGAUUUCGAAAAUCUUCAUUUGAUGGGUGUUCUAUUUAAACAUGUCCAGUAUUGGCUGACUAAAGAAAUAUAUAGGUAUCCCAUAAAAAAAUCAAAAUUUGUUUAUAGUUUACCUCAACGUUUGUCUACAUAUAUCUCGAUUUGAAUCUUCAUAGGUACGGUAAAAAAAACGUGUGCGGAAAAUUUCUCUUCUUCAAUGGUUUUUCUGAUAUGACGUUUUCUUUGACAACUUCGUGUAUUAUCAGUGACAAAUCCAAGAAUCAGGGCAUAUCAGAAAAACCACUAAAGAAGAGAAAUUUUCCGCGGCACGCGUUUUUUUUACCGUGCCUAUGAAGAUUCGAAUUGCGAUAUCUAGACAAGCGUUGAGGUUAACUAUAAACAUAUUUUGAUUUUUUUAUGAAGGUACCUAUAUAUUUAUUCAGUCAGCCAAUACUGAAAAUUUUAAACUGAACACCCAUCAAAUGAAAAUUUUCGAAAUCAGCAUUUUCCUGGCUUUCUUCACUGAAAAUUUGGUAAAAUUACACGUAAAAUUCGUUGCGCAAUGUCCAAUAGACUAAAACGCACGUUCAUCGUGUGAAGUAACCUUAAGUACAAUUCAAUUGAAUUCACACAAGUCAUAUUAAACAACCAGAAGGACAUGCACCAAGAUCUUGACUGCAUGCUUUUAAAUUUGUUAUAAGCUAGCGCUGUUUAUCGGUAGUAUAUUUUAUACUUUAUAUUUUAUAUAAGAGCCACAAUGUCAUUAGUGUAAUUUUACUACAGGAAAGUGUUAUCCCUCUUUAAAAAAGGCUAUUCUAUUCUACUACAAAUGUUCAUUUUGCGUCAGUUGCAUGUUUGCUACCUGCCACCAGCUACCCGCUUGGAAUUUACAUCGAAUCUGGCUGUAAUUUUUAAUAGUUUUCUUAUUUUCCCUUUCAGAAAAAGACACUCGACAAAAAUACAAGGCAUGCAUGAGUGAAGUUGUUUGCAAAGAUAUCUGUUGAAUUCACAUAACGAAAUUGCGCAGCUUAAGUCGUAUUUGAAGAAGAACAUUGUCGAAUAAGGGCUUUGUUGAAUAAGGGCCUCCCGUAGAGAAGAAAAGUCCUCUUUAAAUUUAUCGUGUAAACAAAGGAACUUAAUUAAGACGUGUGCUGCUGCCAGACUCUGGGUACUGCUCAUAAAAUGAUGCGUUCAAGGCCUAUUACGAAAAGAAAGGUGGUCGUGUCAGCGUCAGUACUUCUCAUUUUUAUGGUAUCAAUUUUUUUAAUAGUCUAUAACAUUUCACCUGAAACGAAAAAGCAUAUAUUAAGUUUCCCGGAAAGAAUUACAACGGAAUAUCUGUCAAAAAGGUUGUCAACUAAACCAACAAGAAUCUCAACUAGUCCAACAAGAAUCUCAACUAAUCCAUCAAAGAUAUCAGCGAAUCCAAAAAAGAUGUCAGCGAAUCCAAAAAAGAUGUCAGCGAAUCCAAAAAAGUUGUCAGAAAGAGAACUGUUAUUAUUUGUUGGCAUACACAGCGCUCCGUCACGUCUUGAUCGGAGAAAUGCCAUCCGUGAAACAUGGAUGAAAGAAUGCCAAUCGAAUCCUAAUGCUAUUUGUCGUUUCUUCACCGACGGACAAGAUCCAAAUGGAAAAGUAUUGCAAGGAGAGAAAAGAAUUAAACUUGAAAACGAGAGUCGUGUUUAUGGAGAUCUUUUCCUAACUGAAGUACCAGGAGGGGUUAAUUUUGCCGUAAAAUAUCUUUGGAUGUUACAAUGGGCGAAGGAAAGAUACGACUUUCAAUACUUUCUUCGCCUUGAUGACGAUUAUUUCAUUUGCUUUCGCAAAUUGAUGCUGGAAUUGGAAUUUUUUCGACCGAAGAAGAAAUUUCAAUGGGGAUGGCUGCAUUGUGAACUUCCAGGUACGAUUGAAAAUUCAUCUGUUGUGUGUACUUGUUUAAGCGCCACCUUGAAACAAGCGCUGCCCUCGAAUAAGCGGCGCACUUAUUCACAACAACGCGACGCUUAAUUGCAGAACCGUCUGAAAAAUUGUUCGCGACGCCCAACCGUAGAAGGAAAAUGCCCUGACAACGAGGUUGUAAUCGUUAACAAGCCUCGAAACGUUUCACGUUGGUCAAAUUGAGCGACAUUUCUCCCUCUCGUGCGGACUCGUGUUGUCAGCGGACAUCUUACACAAAACGGCCAGUUCCGUGCAGAAUGCAAAACGUUCAAUUUUUUGGUGAAUUUCUAUUUCAGAACCAUCGUCAGAGAUAGAAAAAACCAGUUAGUUUCAUACUAUUCUGAGACUGCACUGACACCAACGAAAAAUUCGUUGGCUCGAGCGGGAUUUGAACUCGCAUCUUCGGGUAUCUAGACCGCCGCUUUACCUAUUGAGCUAUCGAGUCAACGGGGAUUGGUAGCGAGUCUUAUCCAAUUUAAGUGCACGAAAUAUUUUCGUGACGACUUUAUACACUUGUCUUAGAGGACGCGUAGAGUUUCAGUUCUAUUUUGAUAGCUCAAUGGGUAGAGCGGCGGUCUAGAUACCCGAAGAUGCGAGUUCAAAUCCCGCUCGAGCCAACGAAUUUUUCGUUGGUCUAUUGCAGUGUCAGGAUAAUAUGAAACUGUUUUUUGCUGAAUUUGACCAGCGUGUUUUUCUCCUGAAUUCCAGUACUUCUUUUUAUGUUUAUUUUGUUCCUAAUAUUUCUUGGUAUCGUUUGCUAAAAUUUCCACUGAUCUCAACUUGAAACUGGGUUUGGGUAGAGCAACCUUUUGAAUUCAGUGAAUUAAUUUUGAAACUGGAAAUGUAUAAUAAAGACAUUUUUAAGUCUAUCAUAUCCAUUACGAGUCAUUUCCAGGAAUAUACUAUAUACACCCUGGAAAAAUUUUAAAACUAGAGUCUCUAAAAUGCCAUUUCCUGCACUUUAGAAGGAGAUUUACAGAGUUCUAAAGGCAACAAAAUGUCGUUGUCCACACGUGUAACUGAAAUAAUAUCAAUUAGCUUUGUGGUUUAUUAUUGACCAUUGUUAAAAAGUGGGGGGAGAUACAUUUAACCCCCCACCCCAACUAAAAAAGUGGGCCCGACGCCCCUGGGCUGUAUACCUACAAGACGAGCUUCAAUUUCCGCCAUCUUGGCAUCAGGCAGUACAGUUAUCGUUCCAGUAUAUGUAGAGUUCACUGGGGAGGUGAGGUGGAAUUCCUUUUUUCAAUUGGCUGCAUAGUUAGGUUAAUAUAAACAGGAAUCUGGUUAUAUUUGUCCCGGACGCCCUUGUUAAAAUAACCAGGUGGAUCAGUAACCAGGGCGGCCUGGUUAUUUAUCCAUCAAACAUAGUCCGAUUAAUUUAAUCUGCAUGAAAGUCCUGGCCGAAUUGAAAUUUUCCUGAUCAAUUUAAAAUAAGGGGCCGGUCAUUAUUUAUGGCAGGGGAUGUUUGUCGAGCUUGAUGCAACUCGAUUAAAAUAACAGCAUUAUUAACAACUUGUUGACAAGCUUGCCACAAGCCUGUUGCGAACACAUCUUAUUGACAAGUUUGCUACAAGCCUGUUGCGAACACAUCGAGCAGAGUUGGAUGAAAAUUGGAUGCGAAAUUUGCAAAAGUUUGUCUUGUAUUGCCGGGCAGAGUCAAAUGCGUAAUUACCUCAUUGUAUAAUUUAUGAAUAAUACAGAACUUGCUUGGGAGGCGGAGCACGAGGUAUGCCGUCUCCGAGUGACCUCUAGUUAUUAUUAAUACCGUAAACCUCCGACUAAAGGCCCUGGGCUUAUUAUAUACUUUCGUAAGCGAUUUUUGAUGGGCUUAUACAAGGGGGGGGGCUUACAUACGGGGGGGGGGGGCAAUACAUGGACGAUCUUUUGCGUUAGUAAUAAACAAGUCAGACAUAAACAAGUCAGUCAUGAACUAGCCUGCAUGGCAGGCGGUACGUAGGGUAUUUCCUUUGCUUCCCUAAUUUUCGCUGCCCGUAGAAAUACCGCCUGCCAUGCAGGCUAGUCAUAAACAGGAAAAUAAACAUAUAACGCGCUUGGAUUAACAUAGUCGACUAUAAAGACAAUGACAAUGUUUUUAAAUGUCGUUCUCUGCUAUAUUAAAAGACAAUGUCAAUGUUGAAUAACGUAGUGGGCUACUGGGCUUAUAUUCCGGGCACUUAUAUUUGGGGGCUUAUAUUCGGGGCUUAUAUUCGGGGGCUUAUAUCUGGGGGCGGCUUAUAUUCGGGGCCGGGGGCUUAUAUUUGGAAUGAGGUGAGAGUUAGUAUAUGUGGUGGGCUUAUAUUCGGGGUGGGUGGGUUAUAUUUGGGGGCGUAUAGUCGGAGGUUUACGGUAUUAUUAUCUUGAUUAACCGGUUAUUAUACUGAUUUUAGCCGCGACGUGGUUGGAUGAAGCUUUCUAUCUUGUGAGCAAAGAUAUAGUGGAAUCAUACCUUAGCCGGCGAGAUACUUUAUUGUGCCAUGUUUGGGAGAGUCAGGCCAUUGGAUAUUGGACAAAAAAUAUUUCGGAUCUAACUACAUUUGCAGACAACAGGAGACUUUUACAUAAACAAACAGGAUUUAGUUCAGAACAGGAAGUGUUGAAAAGGACAGAGAUUUGCCAUUCAGUUCUUGCCAUUCAUAAAAGUUAUCCUGAAAAGAUGAGACUGUUUUGGAGUAUUUAUGAGAAAGAGGACAAGCCCGUUGCAUACCAGGAGGUUAAAAUUUCUUAUGGCUGUAGAUAUCCACUUGCGAUGGAUUACAGGACAUGGGGUAAAAAGUCAAUUUGGUUUUCUGAACCGAAAUUAUGCAAAGACAACCCAGUAUGGGACCGAAAUGGAGAAUACAAAGGACGUCAGGGACAUUGAUCUUUUUUGUAUCAAGGCCCUCACGUAGAGAAUAGGAUAUCCCAAGUUGUUGUAGAGUAAAUCAGUUUGUCGUGAAUUAUCCAGAGUUAUUGUAGAGUGAAUCAAUCAGUAAGCUAAAAUGUAACCAUGCAGUUACAGUUAUAUCUCUGUUGAAAACGAAACUAUAGUUGCCGUUACAGUUGAAAAGUAACCAUUACUUGUAAUUUCGUCACUUCAAAUCAAAUCAAUUUAUUCAGCUACAUAAUAAUUACAGGAAAAAAUAUACAGAGAGAGAGAAAGAUUAAUGGCAAGGUAGCCCAAGUGAACCCAAUAGGCUUAUAGGCCCUUAUAAUAUUGCGCUCCUUUAUCUUACAAUAUUAAUCUAUUUUCUAUCUAUUUUCCACAAACAAAAGUAUUAUAAUCAGAGACGCCGGAACUAUGUGAAGGCAAGGGGGGCAGAUUUUCGUGAAAGAGCACUUUUGAAUUGAUAUAUACUAAGAGAUGUUUACAAAACAUUGGGAGUUGAACUUCGCUUAUGAUCAUGUUUUGUAUUUAUUGGAUGGUAGGGGUGUGAGGGGGUUCUCCGCCAGGCGAUUGUGCUAUUCUUGAAGCUCGAUGACUGCAUUUCUUGCAUUUUCUGAAGCAAAUUCGUAAAAGAAUUGCACUAACAUUUCUGACAAUUCGCUAUUUCGCCAAGGCAAUCCUUUAAAUUGAAAGGGCACCUUUGCCCCCCUUGCCCCUCCUGGUAAAGGGCAACGGGGGCGGCUACCCCUCCUGCCCUCUCCAAGUUCCGGCGUCCCUGAUUAUAAUAUUAAUCUAAUAAGACUACAGUGGGUAAGAAAGCAACUAUAUUUUCCAAAAAUAGGACAGAGGGCUCAAAUUUUUAUACGGCUACUGCAUCUCAUGCAGUAGAUGUGGCAUGCUUUGUACUGGGGAAACUGAACGAUUUCUGAUGAUAAUGUGAGCGUAUCGUUAUCCUGUCAUUCACAAUUAAUGAUGCCAACCAGCCUGUUACCAGACAUUUUAAUAUACUGGCAAUCACAAUGUUUCAGAUAUGAAAAUUCUGAGCCGUCUUUCCCAUUUCUGGCAGCAUUGAUAUAGCCGCAAAGACUUGGCACUGUCCACCCCUAAGGUGUUAAUUGACGUUUUCCAUAUGUUUAGCUUUGCCUGUCAAGAGCAGACAUUGAAAGUACUUUAAAUUAUCACCUUAUUCCAUACUUGUUUCAUAAAUUAUUUGUAUUUGUUGGAAGAAGUUAUUUCGCUGCUGUCACAAUGACAUUUCGUCAAAACUUUUUUCUUCAAGAUUGGUUUAGAAACAAACUUGGAGUGGGGUUAGGGUUAGAGUUAGUGUUUGGAAUAGGGUUAGGGUUAGUGUUACGUUUUGUCACUCUGAGGCCAGCGAAAUGACUUCCGUAUUUGUUGUAGUACAUUUGUAUUAAUAUAUUUUGC